AUGCCCGCAGCAAAGGUUGACGAGGCGGGUGAUUCUUCGACCUCAGCAGCCAAAAAGAUCCUGACCGCCAACACAAAUGGCAACCCAACUUAUGAGCUACCAUGGGUCGAGAAAUACCGCCCCGUCUUCCUCGACGACAUAGUCGGCAACGUCGAGACCAUCGAGCGGCUCAAGAUCAUCGCCAAGGACGGCAAUAUGCCCCAUGUCAUUAUUUCCGGCUCGCCAGGUAUCGGCAAGACGACCUCGGUGCUCUGCCUGGCGCGCCAGCUGCUCGGCGAUGCGUACAAGGAGGCGGUCCUCGAGCUCAACGCCUCGGACGAGCGCGGCAUCGACGUCGUGCGCAACCGCAUCAAGGGCUUCGCGCAGAAGAAGGUCACCCUGCCGGCGGGCCGCCACAAGAUUGUCAUUCUCGACGAGGCCGACAGCAUGACGAGCGGCGCGCAGCAGGCACUGCGGCGGACGAUGGAGAUCUACUCCAACACCACGCGCUUCGCCUUUGCAUGCAACCAGUCCAAUAAGAUCAUCGAGCCGCUGCAGUCCCGAUGCGCGAUCCUGCGGUACGCGAGGUUGACGGACGCGCAGGUCGUCAAGAGGCUGCUGCAGAUUAUCGAGCUGGAAAAGGUCGAGUAUAACGAUGAGGGGCUGGCGGCGCUCGUAUUCAGCGCCGAGGGCGAUAUGCGGCAGGCGAUCAACAACCUGCAGUCAACGUAUGCGGGCUUCGAGAUGGUGACGGGCGACAACGUGUUCAAGGUGGUGGACUCGCCUCACCCGAUCAAGGUCCAGGCCAUGCUGAAGGCGUGCUUCGAGGGCAACGUAGACUCUGCGCUCGACACGCUGCGGGAGCUGUGGACGCUGGGCUACUCGAGCCACGACAUCAUCAGCACUAUGUUCAAGGUCACCAAGACGAUACCGACGCUGAGCGAACAUGCCAAGUUGGAGUUCAUCAAGGAGAUUGGCUUCACGCACAUGAAGAUUCUCGAGGGCGUCCAGACGCUACUGCAGCUCAGCGGUUGUGUGGUCCGGCUGUGCAAGUUGAACAUGGACCCGAAGAAGUUUCAGGUCAAGACUAAGGCGCGAUGA